CAUCAUCAUCAUCAUCAUCAUCAUCAUCAUCAUCGCCACCACUUCCACCGGCAUCAAUCACACAUAAUUAUCGACACACACUGCAGUAGCAAAGCAAGGGUCGCUGACAAAACUUCUUUGCCCAACUGGAAAAGCGACCCUUUUUAUAUACACUUUUUCUUCUUCGGCGCAGUAGGAUGAGCUUUAUUUGUGCACCUGGCCUCUGAAAGCCCUACGUAGCUAAGAGUAGAGUCACGUACCUUCCUUUGCAUUCCCAUAUGCCACUGCUCUCCUCUUCUUUUUCCUUCCUCUCUGCCUUUCACUUCACACUUCUUCUUCCUUUCCUGGCAUCCUUUUCCAACACAGAAUGGUACCACACGUAUCAUGUCUUCUGCUUCCAAGUACUGGUGCAACAUGAUAUGUACCCACAGACUAAGAGGUGGAAAAGCAUGCUAAUGAGCUAUCAGUGGCACUUUCUGGAAAGCGUAUCAUCACUUAUCGUGGCAGCAGCAGCAAGACAGCAGCAAGUAGUGGGAAAUGGAUAGGGGACGGUGUGGCAGAAAAGAGAUUGGGAAGGGAAGAAAAGAAAAAGAAGGAUGGCGACACAAACAUUGGCCAAACACCUUUUCUUUUUUCUGUUGCAGGGCUG